UUAGGUGUACUUUAUUCAAAUCUAACAAUCACUACAAUUUCAUGUUUCACGAUUGAUGCAAAUGCUAUGAAUAUAACGAUUAUAUUUCGUAAUUUGAGAUUGAUAAGCAUUUCCGCUUUUGUUUUUCAAUUCGAUGAACUAUUUCAUGAUAGUCAUUUGAUGGGGAUGUUUUAUCGUACAAUCCGGAUGAUCGACAGCGGCAUCAAGCCGGUCUAUGUGUUUGAAGGCAAGCCACCAGCCAUGAAAGCUGGCGAGCUGGCAAAACGUACCGAACGUCGUGAAGAAUCAUCUCGUGAGUUGGCGAAAGCGGAAGCCGAAGAAGAUUUUGAGGCCAUUGAAAAGUUCUCCAAGCGCCUGGUCAAGGUGACCAAACAGCACAACGACGAAUGUAAAAAGCUGCUAGAAUUGAUGGGUGUGCCUACAUUCGCUUGUUAUAUUCAGUCCCGAAAUUAUCCCCUGUUUCAUCCGAAUCUACUAAGUGACGCACAAACAGGUGCUCAAGGCAGAUGUAGUUCCGAAGUUUUUGUUGCUCGAUACAUGCGCCCUAAUUAUCAUAUUCAGCCACACACACACACAUUUUGGCAACUUGUUUCUACAUGUUUUUUUUCAAUCCACACGUUUUUGCGGUGA